UCCCUCAGCCCAUGCACGCGCCGCCAUACGCCCGACUCCCGUCUCCGGAGUCCCGACCCGGCGACCCGCCCCACCGCCGGCCGCCGACAGUCGGCGCCGGGCACCGCCGCCUGCGCGGCUGCGCCUCCGCCCCACGCCGCGCGGUUGCCCUCCCUCGACUCCUGCGUCCCGCCGGGCCUCGGCCCCUGCUUGGGCGCUGGCUGGGCGCGCCGCUCGCCCGCUCCCGCCGGCCGUCGGAGCCCCGCGCCGCUGCUAGGCCGCGAUCUGACACCGGCGCGGCGGCGCACCUCGGCGCCUCCACGGCUGCACGCCAGCCGGCAGACGCCUGCCGCGCCCCGACGGGUCCGCGCUCGUGUUUGGCACUGCUGGACUACCCUAGUUUCAAUUCCUGGGUCUGCCACUGCCCACUCGGGGAUGUCGGCUAUGACCGCAGAGGCUGGGGAUCCUGAGCGCGACGUUAAUGAGGAUUUCGAGGAGGACGAUGAGGAUGGGUUCGAGUUCGGUGACGCUGAUGAGGCGAUGCAGUGCGUGGAGAUGGCGGGGCGCAGCACCGCCGCCGGGGCGCUUCGUGCGCAAGGACACGACUACGAGGCGCUCGUGGCGCGCAAGCGCAAGGCCCUCUCCGAGGACCAGCCUCAGAGGGAGGGUUCCAAGAAGCCAAGGCAGAAUGAACUUUCAGAAGCGGAAGCAGCAACCAUGUUCGACCGACUGAUGGAAGGCUUUGGUCUUCGGCGCAAAAGAAGGUCAAAAGAAGGCAAGAAGAGGGGAAGAAAGAAAGGAACAAAGAAUAAGGGCAGCCCUGAAGUUAUUAAAAAGUUGGGUGAUGCUACUCUACUUUUUGCUGAAGAAAAAUUUAACGAGGCUAUUCCUAUACUGCAUGAGAUUGUGCGAAUCGCACCAAAUUUGCCAGAUUCAUAUUAUCUACUUGGUAGUAUUUAUAAUGAGACUGGUGAACUAGAUAAAGCCAUAAACUUCUUGAUGCUUGCCGCAUAUGUCUCCCCAAAGGAUGCAUCUCUGUGGAAGAAACUCAUUCCCUUGGCAAAGAAAAAAGAAGAUGCUUCUCUGGCAAGACACUGCAUUUUAAAAGCAAUGAGAGCAGACCCAGAAGAUGUAGAUCUGAAGUAUCUUUGUGCUGAUAUGUAUCGUAACCUUCGUGACUAUCAGAAAGCUGCAGAGAUAUAUGAGCAGAUAGUUGGAAUUUAUCCUGCCAAUAUUGCUGUUCGUAAAGUAGCCGCACAGAUGUACAGAGAGUGUGGUCAAAUUGACAAAGCUAUUAAUUUGUUGGAAGACUAUGUUAAUACUCAAACUACCAACACUGACUGGAGUGUUCUAGAUUUGUUGAUAUCCCUUUAUUUGAGAAAUAAUGCUCCUAGUGAAGCAUUAAAGCAGAUCAAGAAGGCACGCCUACAGUUGCGUUCUCAACAUAAAUUACCAGUACAAUUGCAGGCGAAGGAAGUAAUCUGCCAUGCUUAUCUAGGAGACAUGAAACAUGCUGAGAUUUUCCUUCGUGACGUGCACUUGGAGCCAUCAAAAGAUAGCACUGAUGUGACUAAGGAGCUCGCAAGCAAUUUAGAAACUAUGGGACUAUAUGAGUAUGCAGUGAAGUUUUACCUGAUGAUUGGAAAUAUUGCUAAUCAUAAUGAUGGUAGUUCAUAUAUUGAUCACAAAGAAUUGGGUAGUUCAUAUGUCAAAGUCGCUCAGUGCUACAUGGUCUUAGAGGACAAAAGAAACGCCAUUCCUUAUUUUUAUAAAGCCUUACAAAGCAUGAAGGACAAUAUCGAUAUACGAUUGACCUUAUCCUCUCUUCUUAUUGAUGAGGAUAAGACAGAUGAAGCUGUCACUUUACUUUCUCCUCCCAAAAAUCCAGAGUUGCAGUCUGCUAACACUCCAGACCAACAAAAACCUUGGUGGUGUGAUGGGAGAGUAAAGAUGCAGCUUGCAAAAAUUUAUUACAAUAAAGGCAAGCUGGAAGACUUUGUGGAUACAAUUUUUCAUCCUAUUCUAGAAACAUUGAAUGUUGAAUAUGCUAAUCGAAAGGUCAGGCCAAUGAAAAAGCUUACAAAUACUGUUCUGCAUGAAAGAGUUAAAGUAUUGGGGGAACCACGUCCAGAUAGUAUAUUUCAAGGAUUAAGGCCAAUAGCAUCACCUGGGGAGUUACAAAAGGCAAACAGAGCAAAGAAAAUUAUGGAGAAAAGAGCAGCUUCAAAUGAGGAAUUAAAACCUGAUGAUUCGCAAAGAACAAAGCAAGUUCCUCCUCUUCCUGGUCUGUUGACAAAUGUGGAGCAUCAUCAACUUGUGCUAAAUCUUUGUCGAACUUUAGCUCUGCUGCAGCGAUAUUGGGAUGCACUGCAGAUUAUCAACCGGACUCUUAAACUUGGAAAUGAUCUACUCACAGAUGACAACAAAGAGGAACUUAAAUCCUUGGGUGCUCAAAUAGCUUAUAGAGCUCCAGAUCCCAGUCAUGGCUUUAAGUAUGUCCGAUAUGUUGUUCAGCAGCACCCAUAUUCUCUCUCUGCAUGGAAUUCCUACUACAAAGUGAUAUCAAGAAUAGAGGACAGGUUUCCACAUCAUUUCAAAUAUCUUCUUCGAACAAGGGAAGAAAAGCCUGACUGUGUGGCUCCUAUAAUCAUAUCUGGGCAUCGAUUCACUGCUAUAAGUCAGCAUCAGUCAGCCGCCCGGGAUUACCUGGAAGCUUAUAAAUUGGACCCAGAAAACCCUCUUAUUAAUCUCUGUGUAGGCACUGCCCUGAUUAGUUUAGCCCUUGGCUUCAGGCUUCAGAAUAAGAACCAGUGCAUCAUCCAAGCUUUUGCAUUCCUAUAUAGAUAUCUACGCCUUUGUGGGGAUAGUCAGGAAGCCUUGUACAACAUUGCUCGGGCAUAUCACCACAUUGGCCUGAAUACCUUAUCAGCUGUUUAUUACGAGAAGGCUUUAGCGAUUGAGGAGGAAGAUCAUCCCAUCCCCAAGCUUCCGUACGAGGCUGGUUCAUGCACGCAUGAGGAUCUGAGGCCAGGGUAUUGUGAUGUACGAAGAGAGGCUGCCUUCAAUCUGCAUCUUAUCUACAAGAAAAGCGGAGCAACCGAUCUCGCUAGGCGGAUUCUGAAAACUUACUGUACUGUUUAGGAGCUUGUGUCUAGUGUUGUUGGGAACUGAGUUAGCAAAUACAUAACCCUACAUAGGCCCUCAGUAAUCUAGGAUCAAUCUAGUCAAUACAGGUAGAAUACUUAUGAAUGUAUGUCAGUAACGUCAAUGAAUAAUUAACAAAGUGCUAGAUCCAAAUGUAAUAUCACCUUCUGAUCAUGGUUUACAAAGUAUGCUCACUGUCUGAGUAGAUCAGCAAUCGAGGAGAGAGGAGUAAGCUGAGAUCAAAAUGUGUUCGACAAAUUCCAAUAUGGUCGCACCAGGUCCCGCUAGUCUUGCCUUACUUGUAAUAUUCACUCUGAUAUGGGAAAGAAAUUGUACUACCUCAGACUAGCGUUGUAUAGAGCUUCCAAGAUUUCCUCCACUUCAGCUGAACAAUACCAUUGGACUCGCAUUGGUGGUUGCUGUGAUGUGUUAUCAGAAACUGCAAUUUGCUCUGAAAGAAUAGGCAAGCCAUGGCUGAUAUUUGUUGGUGGCAUAAUCUGAACACUGAAAGGUGAGCCAUAAUCAAUUAUUCAUGAUGCAAAUAUGCAACAUGUAUUGGUAUAAGAAAUGUUUCAACUCGUGGUGGAAUCAGGUUGGGCUGAGCACUACGAAUGCAAUCUUGGAAGUGAGGUUGGUUUAUGGAGUUCAUCCUGUGAAGGUAGCACAAGAAUCUAUUAACGGAGGGCGUGGUCGAGUGGAUAGGCAAAUGGCAGGAAAGAAUCGUUGGCGAUUGGGCGCGGGGAUAUUUUAGGAAAAGUAAACUGGAAUCUGUAUGGGACAUUAUGAGCCAAAAGCAGAUGCAACUUGCAUUAUUUGUGCUGCUCUGGCCCCAGCACUCUCAGCAUCCAACUUGCUCGCCAAUAUCACUGUCAGAAGUCACCAAUCACUACUGAGCACUGACUUGUUGGUACGAAUUGCUCUUUUAUCUUUUCUUUUCGUAUGAUUUCUCAUAUUUAAAUAAUUAGGAAUUCUUCAGAGAUACCGAGGGUCCAUUUGGGAUGUGUAAAUAUCACAGGAUUUUAGCAGGAGCUUUGUAUCUCCGGAGUUCUGUUCUAAAUGAAUCCUAAAUGGAAAGUGAGAAUAGUUGUAUUUUGAACAGGAGCUGCUUUCAUUGGACAGCAGUUAAAUUUC